AUGGCAUGGAGAUUUAAGGCAUCAAAGUACAAGAAUGCGACACCAAUCGUUCCAAAGCCAGAGGCGUGCAUAAGGGACAUAUGCGUAGGUUCGUAUCAAACCUAUGGCAAUAACGUUGCCGCGUCUGCUGCGUUCAUCGCGUUCAACUGGGAGCAUGUAGGCUCAAGUCUGGCAGUGUUGCCAAUCGACGAUUGUGGCCGCAAAGGCAAGGCUAUGCCUCUUUUGCACGCACAUUCGGAUACGGUAACCUACCUCGAUUUCUCGCCGUUCCAUGAUGGUCUCUUAGCGACCGGAUCGCAAGAUUGUCUGGUGAAAGUGUGGCACGUUCCCGAGAAAGGACUGGAACAGUCGAUUUCGAAUCCCGAGUGUUCAUUCUCCACCAAACAAAGACGAGUGGAAACCGUCGGUUUUCACCCAACUGCAGACUGCUUGCUCUUCGCUACCGCAAUAGGCUGCGUUAGCCUGUGGGACUUAACAUGUCAAAAGGAAGCUUUCACUAACAACGACCAUCCUGACGUGAUACAAUCGCUUAGCUGGAAACUUGAUGGGAAGACGUGUGCUACCAGCUGCAAGGACAAAAUGGUGCGUGUCUUGGACCCCCGUGCUCCCUCGCCUAUCGUAAUGGCGACGGAAAGCCAUCAAAGCAUAAAGGAUUCGCGAAUCGUCUGGUUGGGCGACCAAGAUCGUAUUCUUACAACUGGUUUCGAUGCAUCACGUGUGCGUCAGGUUUUUAUACGUGAUCUGCGCAAUUUUUCCACACCCGAAAAACUGCUUGAACUCGACUGCUCAACAGGCGUUCUUAUGCCAUUGUUCGAUCCCGACACCAACAUGCUCUUUUUAGCUGGAAAAGGCGACACUACCAUCAAUUAUCUAGAGAUCAUCGACAAAGAUCCAUUUCUAAUUGAAGGUAUUCGCCAUUCCGGCGAGCAAACCAAAGGAGCUUGUUUAGUUCCUAAACGAGCGCUCAAAGUAAUGGAAGGGGAGGUAAACCGCAUCAUUCAACUGACAUCAAACUCGGUCAUUCCAAUAAUGUACCAAGUCCCAAGAAAGAGCUACCGUGAUUUUCACAACGAUUUGUAUCCCGACACUAACGGAUUUAAAAGUGAACUUACUGCUACGCAGUGGCUGAUCGGACUGGAUGCUUCAGUGCCAAAAAUUAGCCUGGAUCCAGCUAUGCGUGAACUGGGUGAAGCUCCUGUUGUCAUUAUCUGGUGCUGGAUACAGUGCUACUGA